AUGGCUCAUCUGCAUGCACCGCACGAUGCCGAAGGCUAUGAAAAGUCAGAUGCAGGGCACUCUGGAGCCGCGCCGUCCUUCUACACCUCUGGCAAUGGGCCAUCCACCACCUCUUUCAGAACUGCGGGCGCUCAGUCAGGCUACGCACCCACAGGGACGGGGUACGCACCUUCCCAAGCAGGUUAUGCGGCUUCUAGUGCCGCGAGCAUGUACACAACUCCAGGAAACAUGCCAUCCUCUGACACUGUCAAUCAGCAGCAGUACGCAAGCCCUCGUCCCGGCACGGCCGGAACAAGUGGCCUUGCGGAAACUGCACCGACGGCUAGCGAGAGCAAUCAGAGGCUGCCUCGGGUCCAAACUCCUGGAGACUUCUCGUCACCACAGUACUUUGUUGCAGAUUCAGCGAGCGCAGGCGAUCAGGGCGCCAGGCAGAGUCGACCUCUUCCACCAACGCCAUUGGCACCCGCAGAUGCAGGUCACUCGGGUCGGCCACCAACUGGAGAAGCCGCAGCGUACUACUACGCAUCGCCCCCACCGGACAGCUACGAUGAGAGUACUUCAUACUCGCCUCGAGGUACUCGGAUUCUGGAUGGUGUCGCUCCUUCAAGCUCAGCUGGCCAAGCACCAAGAGCCAGGGCUGGAUCUAGGAGCGGGAUAUCUGCAGUUACUGGAGAGACAAACGCGCGAAGCCUGGGCGGAAAGAGCAGUGCAGCCAACGGCAGGGCGUGGAUCCCUUCCAAAUGGGCUUCUGCGUUCAUGGCAACUGUCAUUAUCGAAGCCGUGAUCAUCAUCGUCCUCGUCGCUGUCGUCUAUGGCACCAUCCAGAGCAGGACCAGCACUCAAGUGCAGCGCCUCAAGACCGUCUCCGUCUACCUCGCUUUAUUCCUCUUCGGUGCAGUCUUCCUGGUCGGCAUCUCGCUGGAUGCUCAGCGCCUCAAGAAUACCAUCCAAGUCAUGGGCGUUUGCAUUUUCAACGUCGCUCUGAUCGUCACUGCGGCGCUGGAGAUCUCACAAGUGAGAGACGCGCUGCAGUAUCAGGAUAACCAAGGGAUCGGCGUCCAAUGCGAAGACAGACCUAAUCGUCGCUGCAGUGCCAUUGGAGAUCUGUUUCCCUUUGUCGAGAAGCUGUUGAUCGCCGUGCCGAUUAUUGUGGGCUUGGCGCAGGUUCCCCUCACUUUCCUCACGUACAAGCUCUGGCAGGAGUAUGGCUGGCAAGUUUACAAGGCUAUUGGAGCAUCCAUCGAGCAGAGAAAGAGAUUUCUGGUAUACCAGGUAUUCCAGGUUCUCUUGAAGUUUGACUUCUUCCUUGGCGUUGGCUUUACAGGUGAGCUGCAUUGUCUUGGGCAUUCCUGCGCCUCAGGGCCACGCUGACAGGCACCCAUCGCCGUAUUGGCCGCUUAGUCGCGUACCUGAUUCUGGUCAGUCAGCGAGACGAUGCCUACUUUGGGCUCACGAUCGCUGCCGUGCCCAUUGCUGUGGCAGUGCUCUUCUUGGCAGGCAUCGCUGUCCGACGCGAAUGGAUGGCAAUAAUGGCGCUCUGCAUCGUUGCGUUCAUAGCAGGAGCAGCCUACUUCAUCUACCAAAUCGUCCAGGUGUUUGUCCGGCCCACGUACGCCACAGUCCGCCUGACCUUGACCUUCUUCGGCAUCUUCACCACCAUCUCGCUCUUCUUGACCCUUGCCAAUGCGAUCUGGUGCAUGGCCAACUUUGGCAAGGGUCUGGCGGACGCGCACGACAAUAUGGGACAUUUUGGAGGCAAGCGACGCCGCACGUCCAGGUUGGACAUGAAGCAAGUUGGCAACGGUACAAGUCAGACCACUGGACCCUCGAACCGUAUCAGCUUGGAUGAACCAGCCGCGCCUUCGAGUGGCUUCGCGCAGGAUGCCAACACUGUCAACAGCUCUUAUGCACCCAGGCCAACCAAUCCGCACCGGCUUUCCUUGGACUGA